UUGUUUGGCCAAGUGUGAGCUAACCAGUCAAGCGUGAAGGGUUCAGGAUGUGCGUCAUGUACAUGUACAGUAUGUCAGCAUGUUGUGGAAAAAAUGACUCGAUUUCUUAACCGACAUUAAGCCCUGUACUACUGCUCUAAAAGUUGUAAGAGUGUUUUGGUUCAAAUCGUUGACAUCAGCCAACAUGAUUCAGGGCAGGCGGGGACUUCUACUUCUGGGUAUCCGUUUGAGCACUCCAUAUCCGUUAUUGCGGUAAUUUGGUUCUUUUCCGGAGUACCGGUCGCCACUCGUGUGGUGGUGGUGGUAGUGGUAUCGUUGUGUAAAUUGAAGUUGAAUUCCUCCAUGCCCGUUUUGAGUUUGUGUGCUUCAAAAACUAUGGAGUCACCAUUACCAGAAAUUGUGAUAACAACAGCGAGAGAGGAUGCCAGGAUGUCUAGCACCGAUGAGCUAGACGAGCCACACAGAGGCUCCCUUUCCACCUCCCAGCCUGCCCUGGACCGGCACAAGCGACGCAGCCUCUGGAAGACGUUCAAGAAGAAGACCAACCCAAUGCGACGAUGGAACUCACUCCGGGGCAACAGCAAAGACCGUCGGGCCUCGGCGGACGUGGGCGGCUCCUGCCUGUCCAUUAACCCCUCCGAGCAAUCGCAGGACUCGGACUCAGACUAUACCUCACUGCCACGAGGGUCCUGCCUCAGCUCUAAGAACACCUGUCACAGCGAGACAGACUUAACGAUGAUGGCAAAUGGUGGGAUGAAGAGGAACAAGAGAAGUACUAAGAAGAAAAGCCUGUCGUUUGAAGAUCAGAAACUCCAUCGAAAAUCCAAAGGAACUCUUGAAAACGAGGAAGCUGUUGAAAUAUCCAGGCUUGAAGAAUCACCACAAAUUAUCCGGCAGAAACUUCUAGAGAUCAAGAAAUCGCGGGGGUCGCAGGAAGCAACCAACAUAGCACACGACUCAGUGACCGACGACGAGUCACUGCUCAGCCCAACCAGCGUGGACGAAGGCUACCAGCCCAGCAGCAUUAGCGAGCACGACUCCACACCCAACACCAACAGCUCGGCCAACGGGACAAUGCCGGAGAUGGAACGCCUCGGGGGUGACCUCCCUAUGACCGUCCUCCCAGUCGGGGAGGUCUCUCAAUCUUGGCGAUCCCUCCUUCAGCAAUACAACUUCUUCCAAUUGGACAUCCAUCUCAAGGAAGGCUGCGAUCUGGCCAUUAGGGACAGAAGUGGUACAAGUGAUCCGUAUGUGAAGUUUCGCAUCGCGGGCAAGACAGCCUACAAGAGCCACAUCAUCUACAAGAACCUCAACCCUAAGUGGGAUGAGAAGUUCACACUGCCCAUUGACGACAUCCACAAGCCACUGGACAUCUUUGUUCUGGACCGGGACAGGGGGUUCGCCUCUGACGACCCCAUGGGCUCGGUUAGAAUUGACCUGCUGUCGCUGGAACCAGAAUGCCUGAACGAGAAGAAGCUAGAACUGAAGGAGGCCGGUAGUGUGGAGUUCCUAGGGCACAUCUUAGUGGAUUUCAUCAUCUCGCCCGUCAAGAAGGCUGAAGACAAAGAGAGCAUACGGGCAACUUCAUUAUCAAAGCGAAGAAAAAGUGAAAACCCGUCCGGUUCCCGGAAAGUCAAGUCCCAGCUUUGGAAUGGCAUUAUCACCAUCACGCUACUAGAGGGCAAGAACUUAAUCCCCAUGGAUGACAACGGGCUGAGUGACCCCUACAUUAAAUUCAAGCUCGGCAGUGAGAAAUAUAAGAGCAAGACAGAGAAGGGUACCCUGAAUCCCAAAUGGAUGGAACAGUUUGACCUGAGGCUUUUUGAGGACCAGACUAAUAUGCUGGAGAUCUCAGUGUGGGACAAGGAUGUUGGUUCCAAAGAUGACAUCAUGGGAAGAUGUCAGAUUGACAUAGCGAGCUUAAAGCGGGAGGAGACUCACCACUGUGACCUGGAGCUAGAGGAUGGGGCGGGGACUUUGUCCCUCCUCCUCACCAUCACCGGCACGGCUGGCACGGAGAGCAUCUCAGAUCUGGCCAACUUCAAGCACGACCCCAACACUGUCAGGAUGCUCCACAGGAAAUACGGCAUUCUGAACAGCUUGAAAGAUUUGAAGGAUGUUGGCUGGCUUCAGAUCAAAGUGAUCAAAGCACAAGGCUUAGCAUCAGCAGACCUCGGAGGCAAGAGUGACCCAUUUUGUGUCCUGGAGCUGGUCAAUAGCAGACUGCAGACCCAGACCCUGUACAAGACACUCAAUCCUGAAUGGGGCAAAGUCUUCACAUUCAAUGUGAAGGACAUCCACUCAGUCUUAGAGGUGACGGUAUACGACGAAGACAAGCACGGCAGUCCUGAGUUUCUAGGCAAAGUGGAGAUCCCGCUGCUGAAGGUUAAAAACGGAGAGAGGAAGUACUACGCCUUGAAGGACAAGAAGCUGCGAAGACGAGCCAAAGGCGCCAUCUUGCUGGAAAUGGACUUGGUCUUCAACAGUGUAAAAGCCGCGAUCAGAACAAUCAAUCCCAGAGAGGAGAAGUACUUGGAGCAAGAUGCCAAGUUUAAAGUCUCGGUUCUUCAGUACAACCUGUCCAGAGUCACCCGACUAAUCGGCGUCAUCAUCGACACCACCAAGUUUAUCAACAGCUGUUUCCAGUGGGAAAGCAAAGCUCGCAGUGCUAUCGCAUUUGCUUCCUAUCUCAUCAUCGUCUGGAAUUUUGAGCUGUACAUGGUACCCAUCUCCAUUCUUCUGCUCUUUGGUUGGAAGUACGUAGAGGUGUGCAUCACAGAGAAGUUCACCAAACCGGUGGAAGAAGACGAUUAUGUCGAGAGUGAGGAUGAAGAAGAGGCUGAGAAGGAGGAAAAGAAGAAACGCAAGGAAGGGGCAACCAAGACAAGCUUCAAGGAAAAACUGCAUACGAUUGAAAAGGUGUGCCAGACAAUACAGAACACCUUGGAUGAUGUCGCCUGCCUCGGAGAGAGGGUCAAAAAUACCUUCAACUACACCGUGCCCUGGUUGUCUUACAUGGCUUGCAUUGUUCUCCUGAUCAUUGCUGUGGUAUUGUAUCUGAUACCGUUACGGUAUCUGCUGCUAGCUUGGGGCAUCAACAAAUUCACCAAGAAGUUACGGAAGCCUCAUGCCAUCCCCAACAAUGAACUCCUGGACUACCUGUCAAGAAUCCCCUCGGACAACCAACUCAAACAUUACCAGGAACUGCGACCAGAGAAUUUACGGCCAGACUCUCCGAAGAAAAAAAGAUGACGUCUCGUCAUCUCGCAUCACUGCAUGUGUCAUACUGAUCACAUGACUGCAUGUGUCACACUGAUCACAUGACUGCAGCUGCUAGCAUGCCACUAGGGCACAGCCAGACUGUUUUAUCAGUGUGAAGCAAGUUCAUUGACAGAGAAAGAUGGAGAGCAUUCAUUGUGCAGUCAGUUGGGGACACUCCAUGUUCAGAUUUUAUCAGUAAUUGACGUUUUUCUUUCACUCAGUGAUAACCUUGGUGAUGUAAUUUUGCACAUUUGCCCAGUAUUUCUGGUUGACUCUCUUAAGAAAGUACUUUAACCUUUGUGGAUUGAAUCCAUUUUAUGUAAGUGCAAUUUAUGCUGAUUAUAUUCCCUCCCUUCUUUGAUCAAUGUGGAUGUGAUUUGGUGUAUUGGGUACUUCUGAUAGACUCUUUAAAGGAAGAUUUUCUAUCUCUCCAAAUUUGUUCCAUCUUACUGUAAUUCUGGUCCGUAUAUUCAAUCAUUUCAUUCAUCAAUUUUUUGAUUUUAAAUCGCUGUGCUAUUUCCAGUGGGUUAAAAUCCCUUCCAUUAAUUUUGUUUUGAUUCCGAUGUUCCAAUUGGUGAUAGAAUAUUUGAAGAGAUUAGUACCAUUUUGUAUAUUUGACCUAUGACCACACAGGUCAAAGGUCAUACUACAUUACAAUCAAAUAAAUCAUUUCUUUUAUAUUUUAUUAAUUAUGAGUAAAAAUGUGAAAACAAAAGUCGAUAAAAUUAUUGUAUUACUAAUGACUAAAAUUGACAGAAAAAUGUGAGCAUUUGCUGACAUUUUCUGAAGCAAUUUGAUGCUAAAUUCUUCUAUCAAAUGUGCCUGCAAAUUGCACAAGUUUUCAAAGUUUCAUACUUUUGAUCUAAAGGACUCAAGGAGUUUCAUCAGUGAACACACAAGUAAAAGUGUCAUUAAUGUAACUCCAUUCCAGUGAAACAAGUUGUAAGUGUAAAUUAUAUCUUCAAACUUUCUUUGGCCAAGUUUUCCAUUGUACACAUAUUUACAGUGAAGUCUUUGAUGUGAUUAAAUCAGUACAUGUCACACUCGGUCUUGGUGCUGAGUGGUUGGGUGAUUAUUCAGCAAUUAUAAAAUGUCGAUGGAAAUUCAGAUUCAGAGUUCAAAAAUUAUGAGAGUUGUAACCUCAAAAAAAAUGUUUGCUGGCAUUAAUGGGAAAGCCUUAGCCUUGGACAAUGUGUGACUUCUCUUUGAAGAAAGAUAGAUGAAGAUUGUAUUAUGAACCUUUGUUUGCUGUGGACAUGCAUCUUUGUCAAGCUGAUCCAGUGUGUAUGAUGUAUAUAGUUUGCUCACAAAGUUUAUUUGUAUAUCUGUCAUUCCUUUUUUUUUUGUAAAUACUGGCAGUCUUGCAUAUACACUUGUUUAAAUGGAUUCUGAGUUUCCUCAACUAUCAACUGCUGAACAGUUGGACCAACUCUUAAAUGCCUUUUUUGUAAAUAGUUCUCCUGAAAAUUUCUUCAAAUUGCUUGAGUCGUUAAUUGUGAACAGCGCUUAGGGUAAGGACACUUUGACGUUUCUUCUAGUAGCCAAAGAAUGAUUAGUUGAGAGGCCACUCUAGUGCAGUGUUGCAGGAAACAGGGUAUGGCUGUCAAGCUGGGUGUGUCUGGUUUUGAGUUAGGUUGUUGUUUUUUGUCACUCUCAAAUUGACUGAAGAAACAGAGAAACUCUCGUGCUGUUCUUUGCUGUGAUUUGCCGCCUUGCUGUGGUGUUUCUCUUUACACAAGUCAACUUUGGUAUGAAAGUCAUUACUCUGACAUCAGUAAGCUUACAAAAUAUACGUGCAAAUGUAUCGUCGGACACCACUUGCAAAUGUGACGGAUGUCAUAAAACUGAAAUCUGACUGGCUGUAUGGCCAGAUGAAAUGUUUAAUUGCAUGUUAACAUCCCCCCUCGAUGCAUACACAUGCUUGGAGCCUUCCUGCUACAGAAUUGUUUCUGCGAUCGUGAUUGUUGCAAACAAAUUGCGUUGGGGUGGGGCUGAGGGUGGGUGGAUGUCACAUGCCCUCUUUGAAUGACAUUGGACACAUCCACCCAAAUCGACGUUGAACGUUGAGACCUAAAAUGUGAUACUGCACAAAUAGUCGUCUUGACUACCGGGACUUCAUUGGUCAAAAUUUCCACAAUGCGUGAGAAAGAAGUUUCAUGUAUUUCACCAUGUGAAUCACACCUGUACUGCUGCUGUUAAUGAAAUAUUGUUUGCUUUGUAAAUAGACAAAAUUUCUAUAUUUAGUUAUAUCUUUAUACUGGCUGUGGACAGAUUUUAUUGUAAGAAAGCGGUUUGCAAGCUUUGUUGAAAAAAGCUUUGGCAACUGUUAACUCUUUCCCCAGUUAUGGAAAUAUUGCACAAAAUUGAUUAUUGAUAAUUGAUUAUCACAUUUUAAGCAAUUCAAGAUAAUUUUGCUUUGAUUGUAUUUCAUUAAUCAGUUAUAUUUCAUUCAAGAAAAUAUUGAAUAUAGUAUUUAAGCAAAUUAUAUUCAUGUUUGGACAAUUCACAGGCAACCAGAUAUGGUAAGUUAAGAAUUAUAUAUUGAGAUUGAUUGGUAAUAAUUUUGAUUUUUGUGGGAAUUUGUUGAUGUGGCUGAUACGGCAAGUCAUCCAUACAUUAAGAAAAUGCACAAGCUUUUGGAAGAAGUGUGUCAAGCUGUUCAUUGCAAAUAGCCACAGUACACUCAAGCAUAUCACCAAAUAUGAUUUGAUCCACUUGCAGCCUUUCAAGUGCAUUGGGAUUCAAAGUCUUGAUCUUAUCUCAGCAGGGGGGGGGAUUCAUGUCUGGGCACAUGACCUCACAAAGAAACCAUUCCAGUAGCUUGGAGUUAUUGUCACAAGUGCUGUUCGUUGCCUUUUUUUUACUGGUUUUUCUGAAGGAAAGUGUGACAUUUUUGAUUGCGAUAUUCAUGCAUGUACGUAAUGACUUCUUGACUGUGCAAUAACCAAUAAAAUUUCCAAUCAGCUAAAUGGGGUAGAA